UUUUAAUCAUUCUGCACUGGCCACACUUAUAAGAAAAACUCGAAAUUUCGUGAAAAUUCUACACACGGAAAAAGAAAAUCCCAAUCAACUGCAAGCCAAUAAUUAAGCCAGGAAAAUGUCUUUAUUCGGAGCGUUAAUGGGGGACUUUGACGACGACCUCGGCCUAAUGAACAAUCACAUGAACCAUACCAUGAAUGCGAUGAACAUGCAAAUGCGCUCCAUGAACCGCCUGAUGAACAGCUUCAUGCCGGAUCCUUUUAUGCAGGUCUCGCCCUUUGACCCUGGCUUCCAGCAGGGCGCUCUGAUGGAGCGUCCUCAAAUGCCGGCCAUGCCCGCCAUGGGGCUCUUCGGAAUGCCCAUGAUGCCCAACUUCAAUCGUUUGCUGAAUGCUGAUAUAGGAGCCAAUCCAGGUGCCUCCUUCUGCCAGAGCACCGUAAUGACCAUGUCCUCGGGUCCCGAUGGCCGCCCUCAGAUCUAUCAGGCCAGCACCAGCACCAAAACAGGACCAGGUGGUGUUCGUGAGACUCGUAAAACCGUUCAGGACUCUCGCACCGGCGUGAAGAAAAUGGCAAUUGGCCACCACAUUGGCGAGCGAGCUCACAUCAUUGAGAAGGAGCAGGACAUGCGCUCCGGACAGCUGGAGGAGCGUCAGGAGUUCAUCAAUCUGGACGAGGAGGAGGCCGAGCAGUUUGACCGCGAGUUCACAUCGCGCGCCACUCGCGGAGCGGGACAGCCAGCACAUCGUGUCGGUGGGAUGCAGGCCAUCAUGCCCGCCCGACCGGCGGCCCACACCUCAUCGGUGACCAUUGAGCCAGUCGAGGAUGACGACGAGGACGAUGACUGUGUGAUCCAGGAGCAGCCUCCUGUUCGCUCCUCUGCGGGCCGCCAUUAUCCCGCUGCGCCAACGGCACCGCUGAACAGUGGCCAUAGUGCAACACAAACAUCAACAGCAGCAGCAACAUCUUCGCCAGCUAUCUACGAUCUAAGCAGCGGAAACAACAAUAACCACGUGAGCUCUCGUCGUUCUUACCUGCGAAACGGCCAUGGGCAUGGCCUGGCCACUCCCCGCCGCCCACUGCGGACACCCCCCUCGCCGCUGGCCACGGUGUCCACUUCAGCAAGCAUACACCCACAUCCCUAUGCCGCCCAAUCAAGGCGCCAGCAGCGCUCCCUGAAGCAUCAACACGCUGAAGACGAGGCGGCCAACUCCUCGAAGGCGGGAAAGCGCGGCAAGAAGCAUUAGUAGCAGCGUAAUCAGCCUCAUGCCAACAUCUUCCGAGCCGCACACUCAAACACACAUAUGGAAGCAAGCGUUGGUCCUGUUCCAGAGCAUCUUUAUGUAACAGCGGGAUAACCAUUUCAAAUACUUUCAUCAUACUUAUUUCUUCAGUCGUUUUCUGUUUUGUCCUGCGUUCGCUCCAACCUCAUUUGUCGGGCACUUAGGAUGCAGAAAAACUAGCAUACACUUACCUAAAACCAAUGUGACUAUUCAACGCCGAAAUCAUUACACUCUCGCACAUAAUCGAAAAUUGAAGGAAAGUAAUGGAAAAUAUAUAAAACCGUUAAUAUAAGUUCGGAAUUAUUUUGUUAAUUCUCAAGAUUCUAGAUUUUGUUAGCCACUAAGCUUUAAAUUACGGAGACCAGAUGCCGUGUAAGGGGAACACAAGCGAUUCAAAGGCUCCACAACAUAGAAAACACUAUAAUUACCAAUUCCCAAUACAUGUAAUUCGUAAGGCUUAAGUAAAUGUUGAUGUGAAUUUAAUUAAACGGUAAUUGCAUUACAUUAGUGAA